CCGGUAUACUUGGAUGGUUUCUUUAUUUUAAAUGGGAUUAGAGUGACCGAGAGCCAUCUAACGAUUCGAAAUACGAUACGAAUUACAAAACCUGAUAACCGUUCUGUGAUUUUUAAUCAUCCAUGGUUAAGUUUUGACACUGAUAUUGAAGGAAAUGUUACUAAGAUAUUGAUGCGAAAGUACUCAAACUUUGCUUUAUUUCAAUGACUGAAAUUGUGGUUUUGAAAGUAAAAAAAAAUUAUUGAGAAGAAUUAGAAGAAAACAAACUGGUACAUUAACAAAAUAUAUUUUGAUAAACUGAGGAACAUUUCAUAGAAAAGAGUAUUAUUUGAUUUAAAGAAAAAUACACCGUCCUUAGAAUUUUAGAAUAAUAAAAGUUUUGAUUGCUGAAAAUUUUAUGUGGCUUGGUGACGUUUGUGUAAUGUAUAAAUUGAAUUGGUGAUUUAAAGUGAAUAAUUUGGAACUAUGACAGGGAAAAAAGAAAAGCUGGUUGUGUGUCUUAGUGGGGGUGGACCAUGGGGUUUUCGUUUACAAGGUGGUGCAGGAACUGGAUUACCGUUGGUAGUUUCAAAAGUAAGGAGAAAGAGCAAAGCUUAUAGACAUCUUUUAGAAGGGGAUUUAGUAUUGAGUGUGAACGAUCAGUCUAGCCAAAACUUAACAUAUGAUCAAGUAAUGGAGAUUGCAGACAAAAGCGGAACCGAUCUAACGCUUGAAGUUUUAAGGCAAGAUUCUAACAAAGAGAAUCUUUAUCCUUCUUAUUCUACAACCCUGGAUUCUACAGUAAAGGUGACACCUUUUCAAACCGUAGAAAAUGAAGCUGUCACUAAAGAAACGUCUCUCAAGGAAACGAGUACCAAAAUUACUAAAGAGGAAGAAGGUUUGAGAAUAAAGUCAGCGACUUUACUUCCUGAUGUAAUUACCUUUCCUCCGUUGAAGUCGUUUGAGGACUUCACUAGUCAGAAGUUGACAGAGGACAGCGGAAGAAAAGUGACAGAAAUGACGACUGUCGACCCCUUUCCCCUAUUUUCCGACUUACUUCAAGGUCCACCAAAACCACCCAGAUCUCCUAUCGAUUCUUCGACCUCAACAAAAACGGAAGAAAUUAAAAAUGAUGACAAUAAAGUGACGAAGAUUACAACAGAAACAAAACACGAGGUGCUGGGAAAUACAGAAACAUCUUUCAUCAAGAAAGAAGAAGAAUCUGUAUCAAAAUCACUCCACACCGAAGGUGUUCCAAGCAUUACCCAUGACGUCAUGGAUCUGAAUGAGUUAAUAAACGCUACCCAGAAAAAACUGGAGAGUUUCAAAAAUGGGUUCCGGUCUCCUACUCCUGAUUCUGGCUUGUCUACAAGCACUUACGAAGUUAAGAAAACAGAAGAGAUAUUGAAAGAAACACAAACUAAAGAGACAAUCGAUUCUUUAAGUCUCGGACCACUUCCUGACCUAGAUUCUAUUUUUAAAGAUAUUAAGGUCCCACCAGAAAAGAAAGAGGAGCCAAAGAAAGUAGCCCCACCCGUACCACCUAAACCAAAAUUGCGUCCUCUUAGUGAUCCAAUCAUGAGUAGUUUUAAUGAUUGCUUGAAAGAAAUGGAAAGGGACCUUGCAACUUUAAAUGGAAAUUUAGGUUAUUCUGAAAAUUCCACUGAAAGCUCUUGCAUAACUGAAGACUCACCAUUUGGAAGCACAAUAAUCACAAAAAAGAAGAAAAUGUUUUCAUCGUCAAGUUUUUAUGAGGAACCGCAGUCCAUAUACCCCACAGUAGAAGAACAGGUAGAGAUGGCUAGAAAGAUAGCUGGCUCACUUGCUGAUGAUACAAACAAAAAAUCGAAAGGAGCAAAUAUGUUUUACAAGAGACUGAAACGAUCAUCAAAAUGGAUUCAUGAAGGACCAGAACCAAGCGAUGAAUCAGGACCUGAUACACCAGAAAUUCCAGGUGUGGAGCCUCCAACUCCGGAUCCAUCUCAAGUUCCAUUUAGACCUUCUAAAGGGCCCACAAAAUUAAAACUUGUCAUGGAUUCCAGGCCACCACUUGAUCUCACCGCUCUCAAGUCAUUUGGUUUGCAAAUCAGUGAGCACAAUGCUGUUAGUCCAGACAUCUGUCAUGAUCUGGUGAAGGAUUUACAGUCACCAAGGGGAAAAGGUGCUGCUUUGUUUGCAAAAAGAAAGAAAAAAUCAGAAGAAUGGGUCGUUGAUGAAGAGAAAGUUAAAACAUUACUACGUGAAAACGAACGAAGAUCGAAUGUAGUGCCACCUAUUCAAUCGUACAAUCAGUAUUCAACAUAUUCGAGACAAGAUAUGAAGUUAGUCAAAUCGCCUUGGGAAGCUGCCAUGGAGAAUCCGUAUGGUUUUUGUGAUGCAGCUUUCAUGCGUGUAAAUCCUGACCAGCUUGCAGACACUGUUAUCAAAGCAGCAGACAACAAGAGAAGAAACUCUAUUCCAACAAGGAGUUGGGACACACCCGUGCCAGAAACAUGCAUGUCGCCACCCCUUCCCAUGACACCAGCAGCUGCGCAGUAUGAUAUUUAUCACGCUAAAGCACCCAGGGGUUGGGCUGGUGUGAACACUGUUGAUAAUGCAUCUUUAUAUUCAACACAUCCAUCUGUAUCACCGUCCUUGGAUACCCAAAAUGUUCAGAACAGUUACACACCAUUAAGAAAGAUGAACUUCCAGAACUUUAACACUGUUCCGAGAUCGUGGAAGGGUGCCAGUGCUCAUUGAUGUUUGACGAGAGAAAAGACCAAAUCAGACACAUAAUGAAUGCUAAGACAAAGCUUGGUGGCUGACAGCAAAUGUGCAGACUAAUUUAUGUACUAUAAAUCUGUGAGACACCAGAGGAUUGAUAUUAAUCUAUCAGUAAAAUUUGCUUAACACGUUCAACUCUGUGCCCUUUUGUACACUCUUUAUCCCCGACUCAUGCGCGUUAAAGGCGUUUUUCACAUUGUAUGUUUUAGAAAUUGGUUGAAUUUGUGCAAUUAAAGCUUCAAAAAGAAGGCCAAAGCUUCAGAGGACCUCUUUUCUGAAGUGAAUAGCUUUUAAUAUUUUUUCUCUUAAAAAUAUUUAAUUUUUUGAUAAUUUAUUUAGAAAUUGUAUUCAAAUUUGUGAAAAUUUGUGCAAACCAUUUUAGUUGUCUGGGCUUUUAAACAGUGAAUAAAAUGGGCUAUUAUGUGAUAACACUGUUCAUCACUGACAGUGCAAUCAAGCUUACAAGAGAAGCAAGGAGCAACAAGAAAAAUUGAAAUUACCUAGCAUAGUAGCAUCCAAAAGGAAUUUUUCAGAGCUACUUUUAAAUUUCGUUGGCAUUAGCGAUUAAGUCGCCAAUGCUCAGUCACCAAGAGCAAAUAAAUUCUACUGUUUUAUUUUCAUUUUUUGUAAGUGGCAUCUACUUUUUAUUAGAAAAUGAUAAAUAAAAAAUAGCUUCAUUUACUUCCGCCGACGAAUUGAAAAAGUACCACUAUAUAUGGAAUAAGUAAGGGAAGGAAACAUUGGAUUGAUGCUACGUGGUGCAAGAGGUGUUUAGAAUUUCUUCUAAAGGUAGGCACGCAGAUUUCUCAGCUAUGUUGUGAGCUACUCUAAACAUUCUGGAAUAUUUCUGGUGUGUCUCUCAGCGACAAAAAUGUGAGUAAUGAGGCCUUUAAUUGAAUAAACUCUUUCUCGUACAUGUAAGGUCUUAGCUUCACCUCAGAGGAAGAAGCCGAGGCAUGAUGGAUCCCGUGACGUAGCGUGCCAGUGAGCCGAGCACGCCCUAUGAACUUAUAAUGCUAUGCAAAUCUUUUUCGUCUUCGUAUCUCUUUCACACCUAGAAAGUUAACGUAUUAGUAAUGAAAAACCAAAACAUUACAUAUAACAUUCUUAAAUAAGCGUCUUGCACCUGGUUGAACGUGUUAAAAUGAAUUUAUUUUGCUUGCUAACGCAAACACAAAUAAUUUUUUGUUGAAUGUAAGUGUGAUAUAUUAUUAUUAGAAGUACGAUGUUUAGAGAUCAAACUGUGUUAAACCCUUUGCCUGCCAGGAUCCUCAGUAGAAAAUUUUUAAGCAGCAAUCAACCUUUUGAUGACAUAACAUAUGUUUAUAAAUGAUAUAAUUAUUUUAAAGCUUGAUAUGAUUCACUCUGAUGGCAUUAUCUGUGUAUUUUAAAAUAUUAGUUUUGGGUCCUUCAAUGUCAAAUUACUCGUAUUGUUAAAAGUAGACUUCAACAGGCUUUAUAGAGCUUGUUUCACUUUAGCCCUAAUACUAUAAAACAUGCUAUGACUUUUAAUUUGGAAUCAUACGUUCAAUAAAAUAUAAUUUUUUUUUAAAAAAAGAAA